CGGCGCCUCCGCCCCUCUGUGGGUUCGACUGGCACAGCGCGGGGGGGAGCGGGCGCUUGGCGGCGCAGCCUCCGCCCCUGGCCCGGGGAGGCGGCCGGCGUGUGCCCGGGGCAGCGGGUCAGCAGGCUCCGCCCCGCGCCCGGCCGGGGACGCACUUUGUUCGGGAUGCCGCCUCUCUCCUCGUCGUGGGCCCGGCGCCCGCGGCUGCCCUAGUGCUACCCGCGGCCGGAGCGUGGACGCCGAGACUCCACGAGACCCGACCCGGCGCGGGAGCUCGAGAACUUUCUUGCGGCGCGGUCCGGAUGCGCAGCUGUGCGCGGCGGCGGCGCGGAGCCCGGGCCCCGGGGCGCAGGCGCGCGGGUCAGUAGCCUUGCCACAGGCCCGCCAGCCAUGGACGGUACAGCCAGCCUGAGCGCCGCGGGCCGCCCCCAGCACUCCUCCGCCAUCCCCAUGCCCCGCGCUGCCUCACAGAGCAGGACCCAGACCCCAGCAUCAUCGCCCCAGCUGCGGCCGCGCCAGGCCGGCCUGGCCCUGAGCCCCCAGCGGGCGGUCUCCCCAAGACUAGGCAAGACCAGCGGCCCUUCCAGGGGAUCGUCCCCUAAGGCGCCCCGGGGGAGAGGCUCCCCCAAGGCCGCGGGGGCACCGAGGGAGCUGUCUGUGGGGGUGGGGGCUCCCAACGGCUCUCCUUGGAGCAGCCCCCACGUGGCCCCCAAGGCCACCCUGGCCAGCCGGGCCAGGUUGAGACGAGCUGGAGAGACACGGGGCACCCCAGGGCAGAAGAGGGGGGCCCAGGAAGGGACUGUGAACCGCCAGACCCGCGGCAGGAGCCCCUCCCGGGCCAGCUUUCACGGAGACACUCAGUUACCGGGCACUCCCGAAGUGCGAAAGCCCUCCAGCCACCCAGGGAAAGAUCAGAGAGAUGUUCCAGGCACAAGUCACGGGACACCCAGGCCUCUGGAACCUGAACCCCGGGCGGCUUCGGGGCCUCCCUCCCCGGCCUGCAGCCCCGUGCGGAGCCCACGCCCGGGCCCAGGGGCUGUCAGCUUCGGCUCGGCCCACCCGCACGGCCAGCCCAUCACGGCCACCGUGGCCCCCUUCCGGUACAGGGUCCAAGCCGACCCGGAGCCGGGCCCCCUCCACCAGGGCAGCUGGGCCUCUGACGGCUACUCCAGCCCCGCUGGCGGCGCUGAGGAGAAACUCUCGAGCCUGGCAGGAGGCAGUCCACCCGCCCUGGAGGGCGGGACUGCCCAGGGCAGGAGGAGACGUGAGGACUUCUUGCCCACUCGUACCAGAGGCCCCCGAGACGCCCGGUUCGUCCAUGCGCUCCUCGCGGGCAGAAUGCUGGGCGGCAGCGUCAAGAGCGCGCAGCCCGAGGUGGAGCUGAGCGGCGGCGGCGGCGAGGGCGCGGACGAGCCUCGGGGCACGGGCCGGAAGGCGGCGGCGGACGGCAGAGCCAUGCUGCCCAAGCGCGCCAAGGCGCCCAGCGGCGGCGGCACGGCCAAGGCCGGCGCGGCGGAGCUCAAGGUCUUCAAGUCCGGCAGCGUGGACGGCCGAGUCCCCGGCGGGCCUCCCGCCUCCAACCUGCGCAAGCAGAAGUCGCUCACCAACCUCUCGUUCCUCACGGACUCGGAGAAGAAGAUGCAGUUGUACGAGCCCGAGUGGAGCGACGACAUGGCCAAGGCGCCCAGGGGCUCGGGCAAGGGCGGCCCCAAGGGCCGCGAGGCGCCGCUCAUGUCCAAGACGCUGUCCAAGUCCGAGCACUCGCUCUUCCAGGCCAAGGGCGGCCCGGCGGGCGGCGCCAAGACCCCUCUGGCUCCGCUCGCGCCCAGCCUGGGGAAGCCAAGCCGGAUCCCGCGCGGCCCCUACGCCGAGGUCAAGCCGCUCAGCAAAGCUCCCGAGGCGGCCGUGAGCGACGACGCCAAGUCGGACGACGAGCUGCUCUCCAGCAAGGCCAAGGCGCAGAAGGGCUCCGGGCCCGCGCCCCCCGCCAAGGGCCAGGAGGAGCGCGCCUUCCUCAAGGUGGACCCCGAGCUCGUGGUGACCGUGCUGGGAGACCUGGAGCAGCUGCUCUUCAGCCAGGUGCUGGACCCGGAGUCCCAGAGAAAGAGGACCGUGCAGAACGUCCUGGAUCUGCGCCAGAACCUGGAGGAGACCAUGUCCAGCCUGCGAGGGUCCCAGGUGACUCACAGCUCCCUGGAGAUGACUUGCUACGACAGUGACGACGCCAACCCCCGCAGCGUGUCAAGCCUGUCCAACCGCUCAUCGCCCCUUUCCUGGCGCUACGGCCAGUCCAGCCCGCGACUGCAGGCCGGGGACGCGCCGUCGGUGGGCGGCAGCUGCCGCUCGGAGGGGACGCCCGCCUGGUACAUGCAUGGGGAGCGCGCGCACUACGCACACACCAUGCCCAUGCGCUCCCCGAGCAAGCUCGGCCACAUCUCGCGCCUGGAGCUGGUCGAGUCCCUGGACUCUGAAGACGUGGACCUCAAGUCCGGCUACAUGAGCGACAGCGACCUCAUGGGCAAGACCAUGACGGAGGACGACGACAUCACCACUGGCUGGGAUGAGAGCAGCUCCAUCAGCAGUGGGCUCAGUGAUGCCUCCGACAACCUGAGCUCCGAAGAGUUCAAUGCCAGCUCCUCACUCAACUCCCUGCCCACCACGCCCACGGCAUCUCGCAGGAACUCGACAAUAGUGCUGCGCACAGACUCGGAGAAGCGCUCACUGGCGGAGAGCGGGCUGAGCUGGUUCAGUGAGUCGGAGGAGAAGGCCCCCCGCAAGCUGGAGUACGACAGCGGCAGCCUGAAGAUGGAGACUGCGGGGUCCAAGUGGCGGCGGGAGCGGCCCGAGAGCUGCGACGACGCGUCCAAGGCCGGGGAGCUGAAGAAGCCGGCAGGCCUGGGCCCGCCUGGGCCCCUGAAGAAGGGCAAGACCCCGCCCGUGGCUGUCACCUCGCCCAUCACCCACACAGCCCAGAGCGCCCUCAAGGUGGCAGGCAAACCCGAGGGCAAGGCCGCCGACAAGGCCAAGCUGGCCGUGAAGAGCGCAGGCCUGCAGCGCUCCUCCUCAGACGCCGGCCGCGACCGCCUGGGCGAUGCCAAGAAGCCUCCCUCGGGCAUCGCACGCCCGUCCACAUCAGGGUCCUUCGGCUACAAGAAGCCCCCUCCUGCCACGGGCACGGCCACCGUCGUGCAGACCGGGGGCUCGGCCACACUCGGCAAGGCCCAGAAGUCCUCAGGCAUCCCCGUGAAGCCGGCAAACGGGCGCAAGACAAGCCUGGACGUGUCCAACAGCGUGGAGCCCGGGUUCCUGGCCCCGGGCGCCCGCUCCAACAUCCAGUACCGCAGCCUGCCGCGGCCAGCCAAGUCCAGCUCCAUGAGCGUGACCGGCGGGCGCGGUGGCCCCAGGCCCGUGAGCAGCAGCAUCGACCCCAGCCUCCUCAGCAGCAAGCCGGCGGGCCUGGCACCCUCCAGGCUGAAGGAGCCCUCCAAGGUGGCUGGCGGGCGGGCCGCCCCGGCCCCAGUCAACCAGACGGAUCGGGAGAAGGAGAAGGCCAAGGCCAAGGCCGAGGCGCUGGGCCCUGACGGCCUGUCCCUGAAGAGCGUCGGCUCACCUGAGAGCACGCCCCGGAGCCAGGCGGGCCACGCCCCAGCCCCCAAGCUGGCGGAGCUGCCCCCUACCCCGCUCAGGGCCGCAGCCAAGAGCUUCGUCAAGCCGCCGUCCCUGGCCAACCUCGACAAAGUCAACUCCAACAGCCUGGACCUGCCGGCGUCCGGCGACGCCCCUGCACCCAAGGCCACAGACCUGCACGCUCCAGGCCCGGCCGCCGGGGGCCCCCUCACCUCCUGCUUCACCCCCAGCCCGGCCCCCAUCCUCAACAUCAAUUCAGCCAGCUUCUCGCAGGGCCUGGAGCUCAUGAGCGGCUUCGGCGUCCCCAAGGAGCCCCGCAUGUACCCCAAGCUCUCAGGGCUGCACCGGAGCAUGGAGUCCCUACAGAUGCCCAUGAGCCUACCCGGCACCUUCCCCAGCGGCGCCCCUGCCCCCGGCAGCCCCGCUCCCCCCACCGCCCCCACCGCAGAGGAUGCCGAGGAGCUGGCCUGGAGCGGAAGCCCCAGGGCCGGGCAGCUGGACAGUAAUCAGCGGGAUCGGAACACUCUCCCCAAGAAGGGGCUCAGGUACCAGCUGCCGUCCCAGGAGGAGGCCAAGGAGCGGCGACACUCCCACACUGUCGCGGGGCUGCCUGAGUCAGACGACCAGUCGGAGCUGCCGUCGCCCCCUGCGCUGUCCAUGUCCCUGAGCUCCAAGGGCCAGCUCACCAACAUCGUGAGCCCCACCGCGGCCACCACGCCAAGAAUCACCCGCUCCAACAGCAUCCCCGCCCACGAGACGGCCUUCGAGCUGUACGGCGGCUCCCAAACGGGGAGCACCCUGUCCCUGGCCGAGAGACCCAAGGGGAUGAUCCGGUCAGGAUCCUUCCGAGACCCUGCGGACGACGUUCACGGCUCCGUGCUCUCCUUGGCCUCCAGCGCCUCAUCCACGUACUCCUCAGCUGAGGAGAGGAUGCAGUCUGAGCAAAUCCGAAAGCUUCGCCGGGAACUGGAGUCGUCCCAGGAGAAAGUAGCCACCUUGACCUCUCAGCUCUCGGCCAACGCCAACCUGGUGGCGGCUUUCGAGCAGAGCCUGGUGAGCAUGACCUGCCGCCUGCGGCACCUAGCCGAGACCGCCGAGGAGAAGGACACUGAGCUGUUGGACUUGCGGGAAACCAUAGACUUUCUGAAGAAGAAGAACUCUGAGGCGCAGGCUGUCAUUCAAGGGGCCCUCAGUGCCUCAGAGGCCACACCCAAAGAGCUCCGGAUCAAGAGGCAGAACUCCUCCGACAGCAUCUCGAGCCUCAACAGCAUCACCAGCCACUCCAGCAUCAGCAGCGGCAAGGAGGCCGACGCCAAGAAGAAGAAGAAGAAGAGCUGGGUCUACGAGCUCCGAAGUUCCUUCAACAAAGCCUUCAGUAUAAAGAAGGGGCCCAAGUCAGCCUCCUCCUAUUCUGACAUCGAGGAGAUCGCCACGCCCGACUCCUCUGCCCCCUCGUCCCCCAAACUGCAGCACGCAUCCACCGAGACUGCCUCACCCUCCAUCAAGUCCUCCACCUCGUCUUCUACAGGCACCGACGCCCCCGAGGGCCCCGCUCCCCCGGCUCCCCAUGUUCGGCUGUUCCAUGGCAGCGAGGAGGAGGAGCCAGAGAAGAAGGAGGUGUCCGAGCUGCGCUCAGAGCUGUGGGAGAAGGAGAUGAAGCUCACAGACAUCCGCCUGGAAGCCCUCAACUCGGCCCACCAGCUGGACCAGCUGCGGGAGACCAUGCACAACAUGCAGUUGGAGGUAGACCUGUUGAAAGCAGAGAACGACCGGCUGAAGGUGGCCCCGGGCCCCUCGGCGGGCUCCGCUCCUGGGCAGAUCCCAGGGUCGUCGGCUCUACCCUCCCCUCGUCGGUCUUUGGGCCUGGCACUCACCCAUCCCUUCAGCCCAAGCCUCGCAGACACAGACCUGUCCCCCAUGGAUGGCAUAAGCACCUGUGGUCCAAAGGAGGAGGUGACUCUCCGAGUGGUGGUGAGGAUGCCCCCCCAGCACAUCAUCAAAGGGGACCUGAAGCAGCAAGAGUUCUUCCUGGGGUGUAGCAAGGUCAGUGGGAAGGUUGACUGGAAGCUGCUGGACGACGCUGUUUUCCAGGUGUUCAAGGACUACAUCUCUAAGAUGGACCCAGCCUCCACGCUGGGACUGAGCACCGAGUCCAUCCACGGCUACAGUAUCAGCCACGUGAAACGGCUCCUGGACGCAGAGCCCCCAGAGUUGCCCCCCUGCCGCCGAGGGGUUAACAACAUAGCGGUCUCCCUCAAAGGUCUCAGGGAGAAGUGUGUGGACAGCCUGGUGUUCGAGACCCUCAUCCCCAAGCCCAUGAUGCAGCACUACAUUGGCCUCCUGCUCAAGCACCGGCGCCUCGUCCUCUCGGGCCCCAGUGGCACCGGCAAGACCUACCUGACCAACCGCCUGGCCGAGUACCUGGUGGAGCGCUCUGGCCGCGAGGUCACGGAGGGCAUCGUCAGCACCUUCAACAUGCACCAGCAGUCCUGCAAGGACCUGCAGUUGUAUCUCUCCAACCUGGCCAACCAGAUAGACCGGGAAACAGGAAUUGGGGAUGUCCCCCUGGUGAUCCUAUUGGAUGACCUCAGUGAGGCAGGCUCCAUCAGCGAGCUGGUCAAUGGGGCCCUGACCUGCAAGUAUCACAAAUGUCCCUAUAUUAUUGGUACCACUAAUCAACCGGUAAAAAUGACACCCAAUCACGGCUUGCACCUGAGCUUCAGGAUGCUAACCUUCUCCAACAACGUGGAGCCUGCCAACGGCUUCCUGGUUCGCUACCUGAGGAGGAAGCUGGUGGAGUCGGACAGCGACGUCAACGCCAACAGGGAGGAGCUGCUGCGGGUGCUGGACUGGGUGCCCAAGCUCUGGUACCACCUGCACACCUUCCUGGAGAAGCACAGCACCUCCGACUUCCUCAUCGGUCCCUGCUUCUUUCUGUCCUGCCCCAUCGGCAUUGAGGAUUUCCGGACCUGGUUCAUUGAUCUGUGGAACAAUUCCAUCAUCCCCUAUCUACAGGAAGGGGCCAAGGACGGCAUCAAGGUUCACGGGCAGAAAGCCGCUUGGGAGGACCCUGUGGAGUGGGUCCGGGACACUCUUCCCUGGCCCUCAGCCCAACAAGACCAGUCAAAGCUGUACCACCUGCCGCCCCCCACUGUGGGCCCUCACAGCAUUGCCUCGCCCCCUGAGGACAGGACAGUCAAGGACAGCACCCCCAGCUCCCUGGACUCAGACCCACUGAUGGCCAUGCUGCUGAAACUGCAGGAAGCUGCCAAUUACAUCGAGUCUCCAGACAGAGAGAGCAUCCUGGACCCCAGCCUCCAGGCCACGCUCUGAGGGCCCAGCGGCCAGUCACAGGACAGCGGGGCGGGGACAGUGCUGUGCUGUCCCCUCUUUCCCGCUUCCUCCCAGCGCGGGCUCUCCAGCCCCAGGACAGGAGGGGCCGUGGAGGAAGGGGCAGGUUCCUGGUGCUGCACCUUGGAGAACUCCCUGUGGGACUGGCGGGUGGACUCGCGUCCCCAGAUCCAUCUCCUAGUCUCCUCCAGUGACUUUGGGGAGAAGAUGAUCCUGGCUCUUUUUCCUUGAUUUCUUGUCUCAAUUACAAACUCCUGGGCCUUCUGGGGAGGGGUUUAGAAGACAUCAAACAAGCCUGCGGUAGUUCCUAACUGAUUCUCACGAACGGCUCAGAGACACAGCCUCACCGGGGGAAGUCUGGGAGGAGGGGGCUCCUGGACCCUCCCUCGGACUCUGCCCAGUUCCAUCCACUGCCAACAGCUCUCCCUGCCCCCAAGAUCCGGCUUCAGCCCAGGAAAAAAAAAAAAAAGCAUGUGGUUUACAAACAUUAAAUCAAUCUGUAAAAGGUUUAAAAAAAAAAAGGAAAAAAGGAAGCUGGAGGAAGGAAGUCCAGUUGUGAGGUGUGCUGCCCGCCCCCCUUCUGGACACACAGGGGAUACCAGCGAGACAGCCGCCCACCUGAGACACGGCCAGACCACGAGGAUGCCACUGCAGCCUUCAGAGAAACGCCGCCAGCUCUGCUCACAGCGCCUAAGUUAACACACGAGUCAAUAAACCCGGCUUUUUUUUUAA